GCGCACGACGUGCGCGCGCCCUCUCCCUCCUCCACCACUGCCGCCUCCUUCUUCUGCCGCUUCUGGUGCUGCUUGUGUGCUCGUUCGGUGUGGACCUGGUACCUCUUUUGUGAAGCGGCAGCUGAGGAGACCCCGGCUCUCGUCAUGGCCGACGAAAAACCCAAGGAAGGAGUCAAGACUGAGAACAACGAUCAUAUUAAUUUGAAGGUGGCGGGGCAGGAUGGUUCUGUGGUGCAGUUUAAGAUUAAGAGGCAUACACCACUUAGUAAACUAAUGAAAGCCUAUUGUGAACGACAGGGUUUGUCAAUGAGGCAGAUCAGAUUCCGGUUUGACGGGCAGCCAAUCAAUGAAACAGACACACCUGCACAGUUGGAAAUGGAGGAUGAAGAUACAAUUGAUGUGUUCCAGCAGCAGACAGGAGGUGUCUAUUAAAAAGGGAGCCUGCUACUUUACUCCAGAACUCUGUUCCUACAGACCAAGAAUACAUUCUCAAUUAGAAAAACUGCAAUUUGGUUCCACCACAUCCUGACUACUACAGUAUAGUUUUCUCUAUUCUUUCAUUUUUCCCUUCCCCAUUCCUUUAUUGUACAUAAAGUAACUGGUGUAUGUGCACAAGCAUAUUGCUUUUUUUUUUUUUUUUUUUUUUUUUUAAUAAAUGGCCAAUGGUAUGUUUUGAUUGACAUCAAAUGGAGAUGGGAUGGGGAAAAAAAAUACUGGUUCUGUGAAAAUACCCCCUUUCUCCAUUAGUGGCAUGCUCAUUCAACUCUUAUCUUUAUAUUCCAGUAAGUUAUUUUGCUCUCACUGUUAACAAAAACCAACAACAUAAAAAAUCCUUGCAUACCUUGUUCGAUUGGAGAAUUUUAAUGUUUUUCAUUUAUCAUUGUAAAACCAAGGACAAUUUUAUAACUUUUUUGUACGUAGCUGUUACAUGUAGGGCAAUCUGUCUUUAAGUAGGGAUAAAUUACUCUAAAAGAAAUGAAUCCUAGAUAGUUUUCCCUUCAAGUCAAGCGUCUUGUUGUUUAAAUAAACUUCUUGUUUAAAAUGA